AUUUAAGUUAGAUUGAACUCCGGUUUCUGUGUCUGUCAAAUUAUUUAGCUAGCCAACGUUAGCUAGGUGGCCGGGAUGACACCCGAAGGAAUGGUGAGCAGAUGAGAACAGUUUCUCUGAAAAUUAUACCGGGAGACACGUUAACACCUCUGUUAAAGGGACAUUUACAGAACUCUAGCAAAUAAGCGGAUGGCCUGGACAGCACCUGUCGUGGGACCUACAUAAAAAGAGGAACACCGAUCUGAACCUCUGAAUGAGUAAUGAACUUAAACCCCUUCUGGAGCAUGUCUGGCAAUACAAGUCGUAAGCAGAGACCUGACAACGAGGAACAGGUUGGGCACGGGGAGCAGAGAGCCAGCCCAGCCCGACUGUCAUUUGGUAAAAAGCAGCUUCCGCCCAUUCCGAAGAAUGCAGUCCCCAUUACCAAGCCUGCAUCAUCGGGCACUCCAGCCCAGUCAGCCAAUGGCACACAUGCCUCCUAUGGCCCUUUUUACCUGGAGUACUCUUUGCUGGCAGAAUUCACACUGGUGAUUAAGCAGAAGCUCCCUGGAAUUUAUGUCCAACCAUCCUACAAGUCGGCACUAAUGUGGUUUGGGGUCAUAUUCAUCAGACAUGGCUUGUACCAGGAUGGAGUCUUCAAAUUCACUGUGUAUAUACCAGAUAACUAUCCGGAUGGAGAGUGUCCUAAAUUAGUAUUUGACAUCCCAGUCUUCCAUCCUCUUGUUGACCCUGUGUCUGGAGAGCUUGAUGUGAGAAGAGCUUUCACCAAAUGGAGACGAAAUCACAACCACAUCUGGCAAGUCCUGAUGUAUGCACGUACAAUUUUCUACAAGAUCAAUACCACGGAACCACUCAACCCAGAGGCUGCUGUGCUAUAUGAAAAGGAUGUGCAGUUGUUCAAAAGCAAAGUAGUGGAUAGUGUGAAACUAUGCAACAGUCAUCUUUUUGACCAGCCGAAGAUAGAUGAUCCCUACGCAAUAAGCUUUUCUCCAUGGAACCCAGGUGUUCAUGAGGAAGCAAAAGAGCGGAUGUUCACAUACAAAAGACGGCCUGAGGAUCACCACAAGGGAAUGCAGGUGUCAGGGCUGUCUUGGGUGAAGCCUGGAUCAACGCAGCCUUUCAGUAAAGAUGACAGUCCUCCCCAGAGCUGAACCUGCACUGUCGCUGCAGUGGCCACUAGAGGGAGGCACAAGCAUCGGAUGCCACGCCACUGGCUUGCCUCAGCUGUUUAUGUGAACUGGAUCCUUGAAACAGUUGGGAGAACUUUAUAUUAAAUCUCCAUGCUAUUGCUCAGCUUUAAAAGCUUUUUAGGCAUCUCCUCAAACAGCUUUAGAACAAGGAAACAAAGUUUAUAUCAUGUAAAUCGACGAUGACAAAUGGAUGUCUCAGCAACAUCAUUUAGGCUGUGAUGCAAUCAAAGAGCUUACUCAUUUAGAUUUUUGGAUCCAUGCACAUGUUGGGCUAGGUGGUAACAUGCUGUCCCAAAAGGAGCUGAAAAGUAUGAGCAAAGCAAUUUGCCUUCAUUAGGUAAGUAUAGUGGACUACAUGAUCUGUACCACUUGUUGAAACUGGCUCAGGACUGUUUGUUUGUCAAACUUGGAAUGUUGUCAGUCACACCUGUGUGAAUGAAACAACAUCCUAAUUACCCCUACCUAGACCCAAUUAGGUUGGCAUGAUAUGUUUUACAUUUGUUUCUUAUUGGACAAUGAUUUCUUUUUAAUUCUACUCUCUGUCUUCUAUUGUCUUACAUAGUUCCUAAUAUAUAUAAAGCAGAGCAGGCAAUUAUUAUUUUAAAUGAGAUGCUAAAUAAGUUCAUGUAUUUUAUUUUGUCUCAUUUUAAAUCAUUUUGAAUGUUUUAUGUACCUUUGGCUAUUGGUUAUUAAAGGUUUGAAGUGUAAAUAAUUGAUGCUGUGCUAAGGUUUGACUUAGAGAGACAUGUCUGCAUUAAUGCUUCUUUCCAAAUAUUACUUAAGCACCCUUACAGGUCUUUACUUCACAAGUCAAAGAAGUUACUGUAGGAUUCCAAUAUAAGUUUAAAACAAACAUAUGUAUUUUGAUAAGAUUUAGUUUGGAGUUUAAUCCAGCUACAAGAACACCCCUUUUCUGUUGUGCCAGACCAAAGUCACUUUAUAUGCAACAUCCUCACCUGUAGCAGGCUCUGGAUUAAUUGAUAGUAAUAAUGCCCAGCCACUUUCAAUAUUAUUCAACUAAGGAUGUGGAAAAAGUGAUGUUUUUUAACAGUGUGGGAACCUCACUUGUAAAUGACUAGUAGAAUCAGAUAUGGUGCUGAAACGUGUUAGAUCUAUUUAUAGCUGCUAUCAAAGGCAAGUACAUAACAAAUUUCUGUACUUCACACACCACCAUUCGAGCUGUUGGCAUGUUCAAACUUGAGUUUUAAUGUGUUCUACCUGGAACCAUUUCUGCACAAGUUUGUGAUAGACAUUACUGCAUAGGUGACAUUUUU